AUGUCGCGCUCGGGGCGCUCCGAGAUCGCGGUCCGUGGUGAUCAGGACUCCUCGCUAGAACUCAGCAAGGGCCCUAUGGCUUCGACUCUUGUUCUUUCUCCGCUGCGCAGUGUCCUCCGCGAGCUGCACAUCUUUUCCUCGCUGUCAGAGCCGAACGCUUGGGUCCUCGUGGGGGAUGGAGUGGACCAAGCUUCGGCCAGCUUUAGCCGACGAUGUCCUGUGGCACUGAAUGCACGCGAUGCAGAAGAGUGGCCUGAGCUCUCGAUCGUCUUCACAAGCCGCAUUUGGGAGGAACAAGCAUGUACGGGUCAACGCUCACAUCGUGGUCGUACCUUGGUCGCGUCCAUCAUGAACGCCUCCCAGCAUCUCGACAUGCCGGACACGGCUGCAUCUCUCCACCGUCGGACCGAUCCACAGUCGAUGGCAUUUCUCCAUCGCGGCCUGACGCAGGAUCAAGUCCUCGUGGCGCUGGCGCAUACCAUAUAUCAGCCCACGCCCAGUCGCAUGCGCGUCUACCUCUGCGCCAACCAAUUCGAGGUGGUCCUCACGCUCGUCGUCUGCGGGGCCAUGAUCAUCCUGAAGCGCAGCUACAGCGACGUCUGGUUGAUAGCACGCCGUCGGUCCGCCUAUGGAACCUUCUACGUCGCUAAUGCCCUCGUCACGCUGAUCAUCGCCGUCUCGUUGUAUCUUAUUGGAUGGGGUAUCGCCUGCGUUUUCAACGUCACUUACAGCUUUGCCAAGUUGAGCGCGCUCGAAUGGUGGUGGUCCAUGCCGCUCCCCUGGUACCCUCUGCUUGCCGGCACAUACAUUAGCGUGCACGGCUUUGUCCUUGGAUGCAGUCCUAAAUCGCCCCUCUCUAUCAACUCCAGCGCAAACUCGCCCGAUGGUCGUCAAAAAUGGUACUUUCUCUGCCUACCCAAGUCCCCCUUGGUCAUCAACCUGGCACUCGUCAUUCCUCUCGUCGCAGUGACCAUCACCACCCUCACCCUGGUCGGUCUCUCUGGAGUCAGCUACUAUCAUGCCAAGCAUCUCUCUCGCCAGAUCCUGCCGGCUUUAUUCCACGGCCACCUCCAGGAGGCUGCGUUCGAACCGCACCGCUUCGGCAAAGACUCCACGCUUGCAAGCGACGAGCUCAUCUGGCACGCGCGUGUCGUAGCAGCCGCCUAUAUCGAGUCGCACCGAUACGUAUGCAUCAACCUUGCCUUCUUUGCGGCCUGCGCCGUCUUGCUCUGGAUUCCAUGUAUCGCGUACGGGAUUCCGAACCUGCUCAACUUGGUGGAUCACGCUUGUUCGCGUUGCCCGGACCCGCUUCCGAGCACGUGCAACAGCUAUCUGCGCAAGCUCUGGUUCCUAGUCACCAAGGGUAAGCCGACGUCUGAGAAAAGCACGGUGCAUCACAACCUGGCCACGUGGAAGAUGACGUUCCUGGCGCACAUUUACGUCUUUUUCCUCGUCGUCUGCGCUCCCGCUUAUGCAUGGAUUCCGAUGUACAUCGUCGGCACUGCCUAUCCGCACGUGGCGCUGACGGGCGAUAUCGUCCUUACCUGGCAGGUGGCUAUCUACGCAGCGAGCGUCGUCACCACCAUCUCGUGCACCUCGGCCGCCAUCUUCUCCACCCUGGCCACCUUGGAUCCGGUCUUCCGCGCUGCGAUUGGCUUCAACGUGAUCCGCAACAAGCAGCCGCCCAUCGACAUCACCGUUGUGCAGCGCAAGAGCGUGCACGAAGAUAUUAGUUUGCCUUUGAGAACCGUCGCGGACGAUCACCCGCAGGCUUCGUCGUUCAAGGAGCUCCUCGGCUCUCGCGGUUCGCGCACGGUCGGCCUCAAGCCCUCGGCAAGCACUUUGCGCAGCCUCAACGUCUCGUCGGACCCACCGGCGUACCCGUACGGCACCGAUUUGGCCACCUCUCAGCCCCAGAUCCACGUCGACUACUAUCCUGGCAGCCACUCGCCUGCCUGA